CAAUUAAAAAUUAUUUAAAAAGUUUCUCAGAAAAAAAUACCGGGUAGAUGGUUAGGAAGAAAAAAACAAGUUUAAAGGCAGGAGGAAACUUCCUGCGCAAAGAAGGAAGGUUUCCCAGCAAAUGGCGAAGAGAAAACGGCCGGAAAACGGUGGUCCAGGGAUUACAAGAGACGAAGGUGAAAGCCAGUCGCCGUCGAGUCAGCACAACGAAGGUGGAGAGGAGGCUUCUCAGAUCAAAAUAUCUUCAAGUCGUCAACAAGAUCAGCGUUAGAAAGCCAAGGGGACAAGUUGCAGAUGCAUAUGCGCUCCUAGACAUUACUAAUGCACUGGUCACAUCUGUUAAGUCACAGUCCAACCAUGGAAUUAGUAUAGCAGACUUCAUCACUUGUUUGAUUACAGAUUUUGGAAAAUGUGGUAUGACACUAGUUUCCCGGGAGAAUGAGCUGAUAUCAUUUAAUUGGCAAGGUAUAGGGCUGCAAGUUUCCCCUAUCUUGAGAAUGCUUGGACCCAUGAACACUGAAGUAAUGCAAAGAAAACCAGCAGUUCAUAGGAAGUGCGCUGCGAGGCCUACUCAGACAGCUUGGCUUGAAGAGCUAAAUAAUGCUGGUGCUGAUGAGGAAACAGAUACUAAUAGAAACAUGGCAAAAAUGUCUGAGGUCUUGAGGAGGAAAGGGGUGAAACUUGAAAAUCUGAUUCUGAACAGAAACUCUUUUGCACAGUGGAGAAUUUAUUUGCUCUGUCAUUCUGAGUCAAAGAUGGACGAGCUGAAGUAAGUCCUGGAUGAAUCUGGUUCUCAUUUUGUUUGUAAGUUUGUUUCAAGACAAUCAACAUGGAAUUCUGCUUAAAUUGUACUUGAAUUUACCAAAUUUGUGGUGCUUUUGGUUCAUGUACUUGCAGUCUUGUACUGUUGUUUUUCUUUUUCUUUCUUUCUUUGAUGAGUACAAAAUGUUCAUGUACUCCUACUGUUGUCUCCAGCUGCACAAUCUGUAAUGUCGGGUGAGGCUUCUUAUGGGUAUUUUGUAUUACUGUUUAAUUUCAAGGACUGGAAGUUAAUGCUAAUUACCAUGAGAUGAGUAAAUGGCAAAAUGGUUUCAGUUGGCAACAAUAAACUACUCUUUUUAUU